GUGGCAUUUCUGAUAGGGUUAUAUAUCAAAUAUUUCUGUCUUUUUUAAAUAUAUAAUUUUCUUUUUAUAAAUAUAUAUAAUUUUUAUUAAAAAAAGGAAAACGGCUGUGUACCAACAGGUGCAAAAUGACAAAGAAAAAGUUUAUCCAGGUAGACUACACAAAAAAUGUGACUAGUUGAUCUAAAAUGUUUCUGUCAGAACGUUUCGCACGACACGUCCUUCUCCAGGUAAAAGCCGUGUCGUUGAUUUGAUAAACUGUAGUUAUUUAGAAGGAGUAAACCCCGAUGUAUCUUAUAUGGGCAUAUAUAUAGUUUCGCGCAUUUCCAUUCUGCACGGCGCCCUCCAAGUUCAACCUGCGACAAUCCGACAAGCCCAAGCCAAGCCGCGCAUUGUGUGGAGAUGCGGUGCGGCUGUCCGGUGUUAAUGGCUGUGCGUGUGUGUGAGCGUGUCUGUGUGUGCCUGCAUGCGUGGGUGUGUGCGUGCGUGCAUGUGUGAGUGUGUCUGUGCGUGCGUGUCAGUGUGUGUGUGUGUGCGUGCCUGUGUGCGUCUGAGUGUGUGUGUGCGUGCGUGUCUCAGCACAGCUGCUCUUCAUUGUAAUAGAGCGCGAUGCUGUUUAGCGUCCUGUUCUCAUUAAGAUAACAGUGGCGCUGUACUGAAUAAUUUAAUCCUGUUCUGUUUUCAUGAAGAAAGCUUUUUCUAGAUUGCACCCGAACCGCAGCAGCGUUUCUUCGCUCCUCCGCUCCUGAAGACAAUGUCCACGUCUGUCGGUGGGGUCGUGGUCGUCACCCAGUUUUACCCGCAAGCCCCUCCCGAUAACGGCCCACCAGCUCCCGCUGGGGUUCCGAGGUGCCAAGUGGUCCCCAGCAGCACCCUGUGCCAGCCGUCAGGGCAGCUGAAGCGCUUCCUCAAAGGAGAGCCAAGGCCACUGGGGACUGUCCAGAUAAUUAUGGGAGUGAUAAACAUCCUGUUCGGUGCGGUUCUGUCGAGGACGCUGUGGUCCAUUGCAGGGAUACUCGGAGCUCCCUUUUGGACCGGUCUAUUUUACAUCAUCUCAGGAUCGCUCUCCGUCGCCGCGGACAAGACUCCCAAGAUCAGCCUUAUAAAGGGGACCUUGGCCAUGAACAUCCUCAGCAGCAUCGUAGCGGGAGUUGGGAUAAUCAUUUACCUCGUCGAUCUGGCGGUGUGCAGCCGCUAUAAUUCUUACGCGUAUCACUCCUAUGACAGCGACACAGCUUCUCCUGUGCUUCUGAAUCGCACAGCUGAAGGGCUGAAGUCGGUCUUGCUUGUUUUCACGACGCUGGAGUUCUGUGUGGCGGUCUCGCUUUCUGGCUUCGGGUGCAAAUCGGUGUGUCACGGAUCCCAAGAUCAAACGCCUCUGGUGGUCAUCCAGAGCGCCUACAACACAGCCAGAGCGCCCCCUGCUGGAGCGGAGAAUAUCUACAGCCUGGCUGCUCCCCCCUACAACCCGAUUUACACCCCCCAGCCUGUCGCGUUGAACCCUCCGCCCUAUAAAUCCUAAACGGAGCGGCUUGCAUGGAUUCAAUCCGGAGCACACAGCGCGAUGCCCAUCAGACCUUCUUUAAAAAUAAUAAUAAUAAUAAUAAUAAUAAUAAUAAUAAUAAUAAUAAUAAUCAUCAUCAUCAUCAUCAUCAUCAUCAUCAUCAUCAUCAUCAUCAUCAUCAUAAGGGUAGCAGUGUGGAGUAGUGGUUAGAGCUCUAGACUCUUGACCGGAGGGUCGUGGGUUCAGUCCCAGGUGGGGGGACACUGCUGCUGUACCCUUGAGCAAGGUACUUUACCUAGAUUGCUCCAGUAAAAACCCAACUGUAUAAAUGGGGAAUUGUAUGUAAAAAUAAUGUGAUAUUUUGUAACAAUUGUAAGUCGCCCAGGAUAAGGGCGUCUGCUAAGAAAUUAAUAAUAAUAAUAAUAACCCACUUACAUGAUGGCGCAAAGCCGUAGGUAGACUUAUCUAUAAAGAAUUAUGUUGAAAAAAUAUCCCCUUGAGUCACGGAGUGUAUCAUUUCUGGUUAUGGCUGCUGGUCUCCGUAUCCAGCCGAGCUCUCAAUGACUUAACUGGACCCUGAAUUGAACUGAUCGUGUGCUUAAUUAGACCUUUUUAAUUGUUCUCAGCUCCUACAGAGUUCCAGAUUUCAAGUUGCUUAUAAAUGUUGUAGUUAAGUUAAACUCACCAACUGUUUAAGAUGAAAACAAUUAAAAAAAAACAAAAAAACGCUUAAUUAAGCUGCUUAACUCAAUUAAGAGUUUAGUUAAGAAAUCGAGAGCUCAGUUGAAAUGAAAAGCAUUUGACACAAUAUGUUAAAUAAUAAAAAAAAUCAAAUUGCAGUAAAAAAAAAUACAAGCAAAGUAACCCAGCGAUGAUUUUCCUGUUGAAAGUUCAUAGCCUUUCCAAAGAGCUUGUUGUGUGAAAAAAUAAAAU